AUGUUUGAUUCAGCAAGGUCAUCCACAAAGUCAGUUUGCUAUGCAUUAUCGUCGACGGGAACUUGCAAAAAGCAUCCGGAUGCGAUCUUGGAGGCAGUAUCGAAAUGGGAUAUCUGUAGACUGUCUGACGCAAGAAUUUUGCGUAUUAUCCGGGCAUUCAUUCUGCUCAUGCUACCUGUAGGCGAAAAUAGGCGGAAAUGGGCAGAGGCGCGGGUCGCCCUCACCUCACCAGCGGCUCAGUUAGCGCGAGAAACUGACUGCCAAGCUUGGCAUCACGAUGUCAUCCCGACCCCCACUGACGUAUUUCAACUUUUCUUAUCCCCCAUCAGUCAAGAAGUAGCUUUACAAGUGAUGAUGGUGGGGGGGAUCGCUCUCUUUUCCUCCCUGGUAACUUUCUCAAUGGCUCUCUCCCAAGUCAUGAAACGUCCCAGAAAGCUGCUACAGGACAGCAGUCAGACACUAUGCCGAGCUCUAGGUCUCAAUGUCAUAUUUUCUUUCUUUGUGUUUCUGCGUCACAAAACAGUGGGAAAAGGAUACACCGAGCCGACCAAGAUCGCCAUACGUAGGAGCCGGACGACAGCUUUACUGCGAGCUCUGAUCCAUAUCGUCCCGGUGGGUGUGGCCUUGUGGGAGAUCGUGUUGAACUGGAACACCUACUUCGUGGGAUAUGCUAUCUACAAUCAGGCUUACUAUCAGUUUGGAGCUAAAAUACACGAAAUAGCUAUCGAGGCGUCGCUAUCCGCUGUCAUCUUCUCGUACGUGAGAUACGAGUUGAUGCUUGGGGAUGGUAUACCGUUCGGCGCACUUUUUUCCGGCCUUCAAGUCUCGCAAGCUAGUUACCUCUGGUCUAUGGAGUUCUGGGGCACCGUUUGCUCGAAAAAUAUCUCUUUGAAAAGCAAACUACGUCUAUUGGUCGUGGUUACUGCAUCAGUCUUUCUUGCCGCUGUUGCCGGACCGUCAAGUGCUAUCCUUCUUGUCCCCAGAUUGGAUUACUGGCCAGCUGGAAGUACUCACAUUUGGAUCAACGUAACCUCUGAUAGCCUUUGGCCAAGUCGCACUAAUGCUUCUGUCGUGCCGAAGCAAUGCCUGAAUGCAAAUAUCUCGGAUAUCUACACUUUUGCAUGUCCUUUUCAUGGAUGGGAAGCGGUCCAGAACUUUAUCUACACUACCGUCCACACUCUAGAACCCAAGUAUGAGACUUUGAUUGGAUUGGUCGGUAGCCCUGACUGGGUAGGAGUGCCAGGCCAUGGUUCGCAGCGGCGUCUUACAUUCGGCAGCGGGUAUAUUCUACCAGAAGGUAAUGGUCCGGGCCUAGUUAUGGCAACUACACAACAAUCAGUGAUUGCAGAUGCUUUGACUGAAACUGGAGAGCUCUGGGCCGACGUGGUAUCUAACGUCUCCACGAGCGGACACGGCAGCAUUUUACGACAACAAGAUGCAGCACACGCCAUCAGUAACGAUUACUAUCAACCCUACACUAUAGCUUCAUGUAUGACCGACGUAAUCCGUGGUCCAAAUGAUGAUAGUGCGGUUGCUUUUCCAACUUCUCUGGGGGGUCAGCCAAACUUGAUGUUAAAUCAAGCCGAAUACAACGAUUCAAGGUUGGGCAUCUAUGCAUUUGUGUACCCUGGCAUUACAAAAAAUCAAAUCCUUGGUACCCCUGGGCCCCUCGAAGAGAGUCGGCUCAAAUGGGUCGAAUUACCGCAAGACUCCUUCAAUGGCUCUGCAAUCGGGGCUGUCAUUUUACUUCCUGGGUCAACCGUGAACUCGACCCAAGAGGUUCUAAUUUGCAACCUUGGCGCCGGUUGGGGUUCUUCCUUCAUAAAGACCUCGUCAUUUGCUGGCGGUACAUCUUUCACGACAAGUGUUAUCGACCCGUCUGCCAUUGACCCAACACCACUCAAUCAAGACGCUCCUCAUUACAACAUAGAACCCAGAGAUGAGAAUCUAGCUGCUGGCAGUGUUGUCUAUUAUAUUCCGCCUUUUUUUCCUGAAAAGCCGAUUACAGUUACCGAGGCUUGGGCAAACUAUCUGAAUCCUUUCGUACCAGCCUUAAACACAAACGUGAUCGAUGCGCUUAUGUCUACUAAUUUACCUGCCAGAGAGCUGAGUUCCAAACAACAAGUAACAACAGCGGAAUGGGCGUUAGCUGGGCUUCUAGCCAACGGUCUCGCAAGCAUUGGGGCCACCAGUACACUUCAGGGAAAUCUCAAAACGAUCGUGAAAUCUGACGGUUCAAGCGAAUGGGAUGGAAACUACUGGUUCUCCGGUAAGGGGGACAUAUUUGUCGUUGACCCAGAGGAAAGCAAAGACUGGGUGAAGCUCCGCGUCGAUUCUACGAUCAACGGUUAUGCCUACAAUAUCCGUGGUGCAUCGCCGAAAGUUGCGAUCUCCUUUCUACUUACCUAUUGUAUCACUGCUCUCAGUCUCGUUUUAUAUGCCGGAAUCUCUGGUAUCUCUUCCACCUGCUGGGACUCCAUUGGCGAAGUGACAGCACUAGCCAUGAACUCCACCCCCACCACUCUCCUGAAGAACACCUGCGCUGGUAUCAUGGAACUGAAUAUCUUCAAACUCCCAGUUCGCGUCUUGGCGAUUCGUGAUGACGAGGGGGACGGCGAGCACUUGGAACUUGUGUUCGGCAAUGUGGACGAGAAGGAUGUGAGAGGGACGCCUAUCAAGCCGAAUAGGGUGUAUGGGACGCUGCCCAAGAUGGCGAAAGAGGUGAAGAGCGAGUGA